AUGUCUGCAACACUCACCGUUGCCCUGUCGUUCGACCGCGCGACAUGCCAGUACCCAACGGACGACCCGCUCGAAGGCUGUCCAUCCGGCACGCUCCUUGUCGGGCCCUCCGGCAACUUCAGCACCAUUCAAUCCGCGGUGCUCAGCCUCCCGAACGACACUACGCCGUACAUCAUCCUCGUCGAACCGGGCAACUAUACGGAGCAAGUGAACGUCACGCGGCCAGGCCCGCUCUACCUGCUUGGCCAGACGCUCUCGCCGAAUGACCGCACACAGAACACCGUCGCGGUGUACUGGGCGGCCAUUGCGGGUACAGGCGACAACGCGUACACGAGCACGCUCACGGUCGCGCCGACGCUGAACGCUAGCUUGACGGGCUCGGGGCCGACGGGGAACCCUGUACCGCCUGGGACGCCCUUUGGAAACACGGACUUCAGGGUGUACAAUGUGGACUUUGUCAAUGACUAUGCGCCGUAUUCGGAUGACCCGAGCCUGGCUGUGAGCGUCAGCUACGCGAACACUGGGUUCUACUACAGCGGGUUCUACAGCUACCAGGACACCGUCUAUAUUGGGAAGCUCGGAAACGCCUACUUCUACGACAGCGAGGUUGCCGGCCAGACAGACUUCUUCUAUGGCUUCGGCACCGCCUGGGUCCAGUCGUCUCUCGUAACACUGCGCGGCUGCGGAGGAGGCGUCACCGCGUGGAAGGGCACCAACACGACCUUCGAGAACAAAUAUGGCAUCUACAUCCACGACUCUGCCGUCAUAAAAGCCAACAACAGCCUGAGCAUCGCAGGCCAAUGUGCGCUUGGCCGGCCUUGGAACGCGCAGAUGCGCGCGAUCUUCGCGAACAGCUACCUCGACGACAGCAUCCGGCCGGCUGGGUACAUCGAGUGGCAGGACACGGACCCGCGGAUCGACUAUAACACAACGAUGGCGGAGUUCUAUGACGCCGGGCCCGGGUUCAACCUCACCGGGCGGAUGGAGGGCGGCGUGACGACGCUGCUGACCCUGGAGGAGUACGCGCCGUAUGCGACCGUCGAGCAGGUGUUCCAGUACCCGUUCAGUGGGGAGUUCGGGAACGUGGGGUGGAUCGACUACGCGCCCUGGAGUUAG